AUGGCUACCCCCAGUGUCCUUACCUUUGAUGAUGAGGGUCGUGCUGUUGACUUUGAGGUCUGGGUCGAUGACCUCCAGCUGUUCCUACAGUGCGAUAGAGCAGACGGACUCUCUCUGUUCGAUCUCACCUCUCGUACCUCUCCUGCCCCGCCGACUAUUGCUGACAGCACUGUUCGCUCACAGUUGGCCACACGCGAUGCUGCUGCCCGUCUUGCUGUGCUCAGGGACCACUUCCUCUCAGUUUUCCCCACCACACUCACCGUUGACCUCCUCGAGGAGCACCUCCUAGCAGCAGAGAAGAGCAUAGUCGCUGUAGGAGCCUCUCGUGGUGACCCUCGCACGCCCGUCUUUGAGGGGUGUUCUCCCUCCCCCCUCUUGCCCUCUGUUGCUUCUGCUGCUGCGACCGACCUCGUUGGCACCGAGUCGGUCGGCGCUGCAUCUGCCCCUAGCAGGAGACGCCGCACCGGCAAGGGCAAGGGGGGCAAGGGCACUGGAGGGGCUGGCGGGGGCGGUGGAGGUGGUGGUGGAGGCAAUGGUGGGCGAGGUGGGGGUACUUGUCCCUGCAACUACGUCCUCCAUUCCGGCGACCACGCUGGUGAGCCGUGCGGGGGCCCGCACUCCACCCAGCGAUUUUUCGGCCGCCUGACAGACGCCUGGCGUCUCCAGUUCCCUGACGCCACUGAGAUCCCUCGCCGGGGAGAGCUGUCUAGGGCGGGGGUUGCUAUCUUUGACCUUGAUUAUGAUGCUAUUCUUGCUGCCAUGUUUGCUGUGUCUACUAGUGAUGAGGGUGACUGUUACCUGUGUGUUCUGCCUGACCCGGGCAUUGAGGCUGCUGCUCUAGGUGCUGGUGAGGCUGCUGCUCUAGGUGCUAGUGCGUCUGCUGCCCUAGGUGCUGGUGAGUCUGCCCUCUCAGGUACCACGUUGGCUCAGGCCUUACACACCUCCACCCUUGACUCGGGUGCUUCCCGCUCCUUUUUUCGACACCGCACCACGCUUACGCCGCUUAGUCGGCCGGUUGCGGUCUCCCUGGCGAACCUCUCUGGGGGUCCUGUCCUUGCUAGCUUCUUGUGA